GUGCUAGUGGGGCUCCGAGGUCCGGCCCCAGCCGAAUUGGCGACUGGACGGACGGAGGCCUUCGGUGAAUCGGCACACCGAAAGGAAAAACUGGCGACAUUGACGACAUGAAGCCAGGCUAACUUGUUCGAUUCCGAUACCUCGAUCCGCUGGCUUUUCUGUCGACUUAGAAUGAGGAAUCGCGUUCUGUCGCACACUUGUUCCCGCAGUUGAGAGCUCCGGCAGCCAGAUGAACGUCUUUUCCGCCUCGGUCUCUGCCUUCGCCACCCGCAUUGGCGCUCGACCAUGGACCUGCUCGACCUGCCGAAACCAAUUGGUUCGCAGUAAACCCUUCCAGCACGUCGGCGCACGGCGUUUCGCCUCGGGGCGGGGGUCGCGCGGGGGCAAUGGCCGCGGGGGACGCCCCGGCCGGGUCGUGCUCUACGCCUCGACGGGCACGGCGACAAUAGCCGCAGGAGCGCUUGCGUUCACGGAGGACAUCAAGAACGGAUAUGAGGCCGCCGAGAGAACAGGGAGGGUGGCGGCCGCCCUGGCGAUCUGCAUCAACGACUACCGGACGACGUUGAAUGCGCGAGCGACCAUCGAGGACACGGGCGAGCAAGCCGAGUUGCUGAAUUCGUGUCACAAGCGAUGCGCUGAGCGGACUCUGGUAGUUCUGGAGAAGAAUGGCGGCAUCUUUAUCAAACUCGGACAGCACCUUAGCGCCAUGAACUACCUCCUCCCGCCCGAAUGGACCACGACCUUCAUCCCGCUGCAAGACAAAUGCCCUGUGUCAUCGUUCGAGUCUAUCGAGAAUAUGUUCCUCCGGGAUACAGGGGAGGGUCUUUGGGACUACUUCUCCGAGUUCUCGAGCGAGCCCAUUGGCGCUGCCUCGCUGGCGCAGGUGCACUUGGCGACCAUCAAGGAGUCUGGUCGCAAAGUUGCCGUCAAGGUCCAACACCCGGAAUUGGAGGCAUGGGCUCCGUUGGAUCUUGCCCUGACCAGGUAUACGUUUUCGACCCUGAAGCGGUUCUUCCCGGAGUACGACCUUGAGUGGCUCUCCGCCGAAAUGGACGUUUCCCUACCAAAGGAACUGGACUUUCAGGAGGAGGCUCAUAAUGCCGGUCGCAUGAAGAAACACUUUGCCAAGAUUCCCGUGUUGCCCCUCGUUAUCCCCGACGUUAUCUGGGCGAAGAAGCGCAUCCUCGUCAUGGCUUGCGAGUCUGGGCACCGCCUCGAUGACCUCGAGUAUCUUGACAAGAACGGUAUUGACCGUGACGAGGUUUCCGCAACGCUCGCCCGUAUUUUCAAUGAGAUGAUCUUCGGCAACGAUGCACCCUUGCACUGCGACCCUCACGGCGGGAACAUCGCCAUUCGCAAGAACUCGUCUCGUCGGAGCCUAGGUCGCGGCCCGAACUUUGAUGUGAUUCUGUAUGAUCACGGCCUAUACCGGGAUAUUGACCUUCCCCUCCGCCGGUCCUAUGCCAAAAUGUGGCUCGCGGUCAUUGACGGAGAUAUGGGCCGAAUGAAGAAAUACGCACACGAGGUCGCUGGCAUCACCGACAAGGACUUCCCCCUUUUCGCCUCGGCCAUUACUGGUCGAGACUAUAGUAUCAUCAGCCAGGAAGGCUCCAUCCUCCAAACCCGCACCACGGAUGAAGAAAAGUCGAUGAGCGCCUCGCUUCAAGACGGUCUCAUCGUCGACCUGGUCGGGCUACUCGGCCGCGUGCCGCGCAUCAUCCUCCUGAUCCUCAAGACAAACGACCUGACCCGCAGCCUGGACGAGAACCUGCAAACGCAGCAGGGCCCAAUCCGCAACUUCAUGAUUCUCGCGCGGUACUGCACCCGCACCGUCUUCCACGAGCAGCUAGACGAGAUUCGCAGUCGCGGAUCAUUGCUGUGGCCGCCCAACGCCCUGCGGGUGUUUGCGGCAUGGAUAGGUUAUCUGCGAGUCGAGGUCAAGUUAGAGGCUUUUGAGUUGUGGCUUGGUGUGAAGCGUAUGAUGGGUUUAAAAGGGGUUGAUUUUUCCAAUCCUCUUCUAAAGAAUGACACUUAGAGUUACAUAUCUAUAUAGAAUCGUACAUAAUCGCAUGCCCAAUACGGUCAAUCCCAUCUUCAGUCGAGGGUUUUCUCCCCCAAUGCACCUACCCUGUACCUUUUGGUCAUUACGAAAUUCGCGUCGUUGCAUCAUGCAUGCUUGAACUUUUA